UACAGAUCUAGAGUACAUAGAUGUACUUUAGGCCACUUAAGAACAAUAAUAAGUUUCAUGUGCCCCCCUCUAUCUCUCUUUCUUUCUGUCUCUCCAUUUCUAGUUGACAUUUCGGUACAAUGGGAGUAAGUAGGGAGUAUCUGAUCUUCAGUGUAGCGACGAUUGCUUCCGCUACCUUUGUGAUUCUUACCAUAUAUUCGGGAAUGGAAAAACAUGAAAAAGAUCGAGUUUUACAACCAAGAAUCACAAUGUCACAACGGUCCAACGAUCACUUUCUGCAGAACUGUCCGGCAACCCAGGCUUUGCGUCGACACACCCAACGUCAUGGUUGUUCCUCCCUCGGCUUCAGUGACAAAGAAACCUACAAGCUGAACAAAAUAAUUACAAAUCCGAGCUACCUUCGGAAUAUCUACGUCUCCGAAAGAUACCGAACCAUCAUCUGUCUCAUUCCGAAAGCAACCAGCAUGAACUGGGUGAGAACUCUAAUGAUACUAGAGGGCGCGAUCAACUCGACGAAUGGCUUGGCGCCGCAAGAAAUAGUACAUGCAGCCAAGAAGCAUCUCCGCGUGCUAGGCCAGUAUAAACCUGACAAGAGGCUUGGUAUAUUACGGAAUUACUCGUCGGCGAUCUUCGUGCGCAAUCCGUAUUCCCGUCUUCUGUCCGCUUUCCGUGACAGACUGGAGAAGUACCCCAAUCGGAAUCUGUCACAUCGUAAAUGGUUUAACAAAAAUAUCUAUUUGAAGUUCGGGAACCAUUCUCCCGCAGAGAUGCCGGAUCGGUCGAUGCCAAGCGAGAAAUACAACGUCACUUUCAAAGAAUUCGUGGACUUUUACCUGAGUGUAAAAAAAACUCAGGACGUGCACUGGCGAGAACAAUACAAAGUCUGCCCACCAUGUUUCGAUUACGAUUAUAUCGGCAACGUCGAAACGUACGCAGACGAUUUUAAGCAAACCGUUCAGAUAUUUGAUGCCACUUCGAAAGUGCCACUUGUGAAAGCGCCACAUGCGACCAAUAGUUCUGAGGAUGGCGUCUUGCGGAGGUAUUAUGAAACACUGUCGGAUCUUCAAAUGAAGAAGCUUGAAAAGCUGUUGAGUUCGGAUAUGAAAUUGUUCGGUUAUUCGAUUCCUCGAGCAAUUCAAAGAAAUUCAUUUUAAGCCUCGUUCACAUGCACAAAACGCGGCAAAACCGCGGCAGAAUUUUAACCACGUUAAUGAUGACGUAGAGUAAUGCACUUCACGUUGCUGUAUCUUAUGACACAGCUAGAGCUCGGUCAAUAUGCGCAGGAUCUUCGUGGCACACAGUUUAAUUAAUUUAAAUUUAAAUUUAAUCGUAUUUCGUUUCCAGUGGUUCACCGCGGCAUAUCUGAACAAGCCUUCAAUGUCAGUGUUGAUACCUUCCAAUUAAAGUAUCAUUACACAUGUUAAGCAUGAUGUAUUACUCCAUAUCCUUAAAAAAAAUAUUUUAAACAAAUCAUAGAUAUAUAAUAAUGGUAUAAGGGACAUUAUAGAUGCUAUGUUAUUGGACCUAAUUAUGUUCAUGACCAAUGAUUAGAUAAGAAAGUCUAGAUCAAACGGAAAUAUAUAUGUUUGCCAAAAACAAAACAAAACAACAAAAAAUCGAAAUUGUAUUGUCGAAAAAUACAUGUCAAUAUAACGAGUACAAAAAAAGCAAUUGUAUUUCCCCUUUUCUUCAUUAUUAUGGCUAUCGCUGUCACACAUGUUUUUCCUUUCAAAAAGUAUAUACAACAUUAUGCUAUUAAAGCUCCGGAGUCUUAUCUCAAAGGAGAAUGACAGCCCACGAGACCGCCACAGCCGGUCUCGUUUUAAGGAAGGUUAAGGUUUGGGAUCAGGUAUAGUAAUGGGUCUACGGUUGAAGCUAGAAAUUCGAGCUCACUUUGAUCCAUCAGAUCUCCGCGUCGGAUUUGGUCGUUAGGUUUACUUUCGUUAAA